AUGCCAGGCCUUACCGACGAGAUUCUUGCAGAUAUUCGCGAUGUUUUUAGUUUAUACGAUGAUCGUGGUGAUGAUCAUAUUCCAAAGCAUUAUCUAGGCGAAGCUGUACGUGCAUUGGGAUUGAAUCCAACUGAAGCCGAGAUUCGUUUACUUCUUACUGAUCUGAAUCGAGUUGAACGUUUAUCCAUGCAGCAAUUUCAGGUUAUAUUCGAACGUCUAUGUCGACAAAAGGAAUCGGUCGCACCCGCUGACGAAUUUGUCGAUGGUUUACGUGUUUUCGACAAGGAUGGAAAUGGUUUGAUACCAGCCACCGAACUACGUCAUUUAUUAACAACGUUAGGUGAACGUUUAACCGACGACGAAGUCGAACAAUUGAUUUACGAAUUCGAAGAUAAACAAGGCAUGGUUGUCUAUGAAGAUUUUAUCAAAGCUGUGCUUCAACGUUAA